GAAAAUUGCUAUUUUGUGGAAAUUAAGUUGCCGGCCGUGAUGUGUGUUAUUAUUGCGAUUAAAAUGCUGAAAUUUGAAUAUCUGGUACAUUGGUAUUAUCCAGUUUGGAUUUCGUAAACGGUGCAGGGUGAACUCUGUAAUAUGGGGUGGUGUUUUUUACUUGUUUGUGGUCUUCAAAGUAGAUAAAAACAAAGUAGACUACCAUCUAAUUGGGUGCCUUUACAAACCAAAAUUUCAGAUAUUUUACUAAGUUUCUAGUACAAGAAAUGGUUUUUUUAUUUGUCAAAAAAGAAUGCCUCCGAAAAAGGUACAAGAACCCGAACGUCGGCCGCUAAUCGGCAGAGUAGGGACAAACCUCAAAGUCGGAAUUGUCGGUGUUCCUAAUGUCGGUAAAUCCACCUUCUUCAACGUUUUGACCAAGAGCUCGGCCGCAGCCGAAAAUUUCCCUUUCUGCACCAUCGAUCCGAAUGAAAAUAAGGUUCCUGUUCCGGAUGAGAGAUUUGAUUUUCUCUGCGACUACUUCAAACCACUCAGUAAAGUCCCGGCAUUCCUAAACAUUGUGGACAUCGCCGGUCUAGUCAAAGGAGCGUCCGAAGGACAGGGUUUAGGAAACGCUUUCCUCUCCCACAUCAGCGCCUGCGACGCCAUAUUUCACUUGUGCAGAGCUUUCGAAGACGACGACGUGACGCACGUGGAGGGCGACGUGAACCCCGUUCGAGAUUUGGAGAUCAUCUUCGAGGAGCUUCGUUUGAAGGACGAGGAAACGCUGGAGAAGAACCUGGAGAAGCUGGAAAAGGUCGUCGGCAGGGGUGGCGAUAAGAAACUCAAACCGGAACAUGACACUUUAAUGAAAAUUAAGAACGUUCUGUCCGAAGAGAAGAAGCACAUUCGUUUCGCCGACUGGGACGCCAAAGAUAUUGAAGUAUUGAACAAAUAUCUAUUUUUAACAUCAAAACCAGCCGUUUAUUUAAUCAAUCUCUCAGAGAAAGAUUACAUCAAGAGGAAGAACAAAUGGUUAAUUAAAAUUAAAGAGUGGGUUGACAAAAACGAUCCCGGCUCCGUUAUUAUACCCUUUUCCGGCGUCUUCGAGCACAAAUUGGUCGAGGAAUACGAGGAUCCGGCGUUGAGAAAGAAGUUCCUCGAAGACAACAACACUUCGAGCGCUUUGGAUAAAAUUAUAGUACAAGGAUACAAGACGUUGCAGUUAGAAUAUUUCUUCACUUCUGGACCGGAUGAAGUUAAAGCUUGGACUAUACAGAAAGGAACGAAAGCUCCGCAGGCUGCCGGGCGCAUACACACCGACUUCGAGAAAGGUUUCAUUAUGGCCGAGGUCAUGAAAUUCAACGAUUUCAAAGAAGAGGGCAGCGAGGCGGCGUGCAAAGCGGCCGGAAAAUACCGACAACAAGGCAGAAACUACGUAGUGGAAGAUGGUGAUAUAAUUCUGUUCAAAUUCAACGCUGGAGCUGGUUUGCAGGCAAAGAAAAAAUGAUUGACGUUUUCCAUAACAAUGUGCGUUAUGGUUUAUUUAUAUGUCAACAUGAUCUUUUUCUAUGCGAGCAUCGAUUGCUAAAUUAUGAUAAAUUUACUGUUUUUUAAAUCAAGUAAACUAAUCG